AUGCCUCCAACCCCACCCUCAUCCUCUUGGCUGCUGGAGAACGACGUGGGCUACGCCGUCAAUCUGGUCUCCUCCCACCAGAAGGAGCGCGAGAGGACAGGGUCACAGUCUCCCCUCAUAGUCAACAAGGACGCCCUCCUGCACUACGCCUCAGUCUACCCUGACUUCAUGGAGGCAGUCAGGUUCCACCGGGCCUUUGAGGAGGCGCAGGCCAAGUCAUCUCAUCCUGGCCAGAAGGGAUGGGCCCUUGUUGGCUUUGGGGACUUUAAAUAUGAGACCCUGGAGAGACUCUAUGAUUCUGAGGACCCUCAGAAAACCCGGGUGGUGGACUACCUGCAGCGGACGUCUCCUGCUCCAGGCUCCCACAUGGAGAAGGCUGUGGGCUACGUUCGCCGCAGGGACAGGCAGAGGGCCGCCAGCAGCAGCACCACAGGAGCUCGCAUCACAGUUUCCUUCGUGUCGUCACGGCGUUCUCUGUCUGGGGUGGAGAUCCAGGCUGCGUUGAAGAAGCUCAGCUCCUCAACUAAGCCUGCAGUUCCAGCAGAAACCCAAGACCAGCUCCUCCCGCCCAGGCCCCCUGUGGAGCCCAGCGACGAGGAGCUGAUGAGGGCCAGUGGCGACACGGAGAAGUCUUCAGAUAAAGAUGCUGAGGCAGGUCCUUCCACCUCCUCCUUGCCUCAGGGGGAACCUGCCAUCUCCGCUGAGCUGGGGGACCCAACUGACCAGGAGCUGCUGGAGGCCUCGGCAGAAGGCAGAGCCUCCGUUCAGCCGCUGGACCCUCCAGAGCCGCCCAGCAGACAGGACGCCCAGCUCAGACGGGAUCCUCUCUCUGCUGCUGAGCUGCUGCCUGAGUCCUGGCGGGCAGCUCUCAGCUCAGAGCAGCAGGACUGGAUCGGCCGGACGCUGUUUAUGAGGGACCGUCUGGGGAGGUCGUGUCUCACCGCCAACCUCAACCUCUGGUGGUUUCCUCCCCAGCCCCGGCCGGUCUAUCAUCAGCCUCCAGCGUCCCCCGACCCCUUCUUCUCUUGUCGGCUGUUCUUGUGGAUCCCUUACAGCCGGGCUAUUCAAAUGGCGGCCCCAGGGCCGGGUCCGGCCCCUUUGGGUUUUUGUACCGGCCCCUAG